CUGGAAUGAAAACUUACCUUUUCCAGUUAUAUAUAAAGAAAUACAUCCUUUAAAAAAUGAAUAAUGAAAAAAAAAAAUUAAGAAGAGGGUGGUAAGGGAAGUGGCACAUGAUUUCUGAGCGCCAGACCAGCUAGAACCCAUCUGCCCUGCAGGCUAACUCUUUGCCAGCAGUCCGUGGUCCCUGGGGGCCUACAGGAAUUCCAACUCCAGCCAUUCAGAUUGUGCCCUCAGGGGGAGCUGUUACUAUAUGCUGAGGGAGUCAAUCUGCCUGUGAUGCUUCUGGGUAUCUGUGCAUUAGCAGUGAUAAAGAGGUGACGUUCUGAGGGGUCUCUGCUCAAAUUAGCAGGCUGAGGCAAAUGGCCUAUUAGAAGUUAAGUGCAAGUGCAGGGAGAGGAUCCCAGGUCCACAGCUUCUGAGCACUUUCCUCUGUGCAUGAGAUCGCAGCCUGACUCUUCCUGAGAGGUACCAGAAGGAGCAAAAUCUCAGCAACCAGACAGCCUGGGCUCAAAUCCUGGCACAUGAGGUCAGAGAGUCAAUCGGGUAGGUUCUUCUCAUUUGCAAAAUGAGAAUGUUGAUAAUAACAGUAUCACUUUUAUGGGACUGUUGUGAAGAUAAAAGUCACUCCAAUUUUUAGAACAGGGCCUGUCCUGAGUUAAGUCAGUUGAUUGUUACCUGUGUGCUGAGUUCCUCAGAUGUCACCUUAUGUAAUACUCACAUUGGUCCUCUUAGGAGGUGCUAGCUAGUAUCACUCCUAGGUUACAAACCAGGAGGCAAAGAAACAGCGGUUAAAUACGCAGUCCCAGAUGGAGAGCCACACUUCAAACCCAGCUGUUCUAGAACCCCAGGAAAUGCUCUGAAUCAGCAAACUAGAGAAAACAGACUAACCACAAGGCAAUGUGGUCACCGUUCAUCUGUCUUUAGUAGUGCUGGCAUCUGGAGGUGGAACUGUGACCCAACGGAAGAGCAGGUACUGCUGAGGGGCGGUUGGUGGGGAGAGAAAGGCAUUUUAGGCACAGUAUGGACCUUCUGUGGUUCAACUCGCACUCUCUGAAUCUGCUAACCUGGCCAGCUUUAAGCAGGAAAGGGAGGUAGUCGAAGCUGGAGCAGGGAGCAAUCUCUAUAUUUCGGAGGGGCUUCUGGGUUGCGCUAAGGAGCCUGAGUUGCAUCUUGUAGGUACUGACGGCUUGUAAGAGGAUUUGACAUUUAAGACUAUUGUAGAUUGUGAACCGGAAGGAAAUCCUGGGGAAUCCUCAAGGACAGGAGCCGCACCUACACCAAAGAGCCCUCCGGCCCUGGGUCAGCAGGUUCUGCCAGCCCUGAAGGCUGAGAGCAGGCGCCGUGGUUCUCCUGUCUCUGAACUCGGAGCAAAUUUCGACAGGAGAGUUGCUUAAAUGCUCAUAGGUCUAAUUAAGAUGUCUAGCAAGGCUGUCGGUCGGAAGAGGGACUACACGUUCCAGAGCUGCGAGGGGCCCCCAGAUCAGCCCCCCGCUCGGAAGAGACAACGGGCAGGAGUCACUGGGCUCGGUGCGCCCUCCCGACUCGGCAGCGUCCAGGCAGGGCUCCCGCCAGCGUGGUGAGGAGCCAGCAACCGCCUUCGAAGACGCCCAAGAGUGGGGCUGGUGCCCUCGCUACCGUGGCCGGACGAGGGUGGGACGUGUGCGCGGCCAUCUCUCUCUGCAGCCAUCGCACUUUACAUUCUCCCACUUCUUCGCUUCCAGACCCACUGGGCCAACAGUCUGGCAGCAGGGACUCCGCGGCGGCGGGCACCUCGUCUCUUUUGCCUCCUGAGUAUUUGGAGGAUGAGUGGCAGUGGCCCUUUGGUGACCUCAGCGGUCGAAGCUCUGGAAGCACAGGCUACCGGGUGAAGUCUAGUCCGGAAAUGGACCCUCAGCGCCGCCUGUCUGAGCCCGCGUUCCCAGGCGGCCGCGGGGCGGGCUUCCGGAGCGCGGUGCGUUGUGGAUUUUGUAGUCUCGCGGGGCCGGACCCCCGCCUUGCGCGCCGUCCGGGAAGGCAGCCGGACUACAUCUCCCUCCCGCCCGCGCGGUGUCGCGAGGCCGCCCGGCGCGAGGCGUUCGCGAGCGGAGAGUCUCCAAGAUGGCCGCGUGGGGAAGGAGGCGUCUCGGCCCGGGCAGCGGCGGUGGCGGCGCUCGAGAGAGGAAACACUGACCAUGGAGAUUCUGGAGUGACCUCACUUCACACGCCUUCCCUGGUCCUGAUGUGCAUGGUUGCUGACUGGGAAGCUCUGAGCCCUGCUCCCAGUGGCCUUUGGGGUGAGCCUGUCAGCCACAGACUGUUACAUUGUGCACGAGAUCUACAACGGGGAGAACGCCCAAGAUCAGUUUGAGUACGAGCUGGAGCAGGCCCUGGAAGCCCAGUACAAGUACAUCGUGAUCGAGCCCACCCGCAUCGGGGACGAGACGGCCCGCUGGAUCACUGUGGGCAACUGCCUGCACAAGACCACCGUGCUGGCGGGCACCGCCUGCCUCUUCACCCCGCUGGCGCUGCCCCUGGAUUACUCCCACUACAUCUCCCUGCCCGCAGGCGUGCUGAGCCUGGCCUGCUGCACCCUCUACGGCAUCUCCUGGCAGUUUGACCCCUGCUGCAAGUACCAGGUGGAGUACGACGCCUACAGACUGUCGCGCCUGCCCCUGCACACACUCACCUCGUCCACCCCGGUGGUGCUGGUCCGGAAGGACGACUUGCACAGAAAGAGACUGCACAACACGAUAGCGCUGGCGGCCCUGGUGUACUGUGCCAAGAAGAUCUACGAGCUCUGCGCCGUAUGACCGAGCCGCGCUGCGCCGUGAGCGGCCGGCCGGGGAGGCAUCUGGCGUCGCGGCUGUUAUUGUAGAGAGAUAACAGGUGACAAGUGCACCAAGGGUUUUCUCAGCUCGUCACACUAGGAUGUGGAUUUCCGCCGCCAUGGGGCCUGCAGCUGUGGAAGUCCCACUGGGCAGCAGGAGUGAUGGAAGCGAGGCUCCGGAGGGGGUGUGGACGCGCUUGGGGGUCGUUAAGUGUGUCGUUUAACUGUACCAUCCAGAGCCAGCCAGAGGCUAGUGACCAUUAAAAUGAUAAGAAUUUCA